CUUGAUGAGAACGACCCCGUGGUCACCACCGCCAAUGGCAAGCUGCGCGGCAUUAAGAAAGAGCUCAACAAUGAGAUCCUGGGUCCCGUCGUGCAGUUUCUUGGCGUCCCGUACGCCGCUCCUCCCACCGGCGAGCGCCGCUUUCAGCCCCCCGAGCCGCCGGCGUCGUGGCCCGAGAUCCGCAACGCCACGCACUUUGCCCCGGUGUGCCCUCAGAGCAUCGUGGAGGGCCGUCUGCCGGACGUGAUGCUGCCCGUGUGGUUCACCAACAGCAUCGAUGUAGUGUCCACAUACGUCCAGGACCAGAGCGAAGACUGCCUCUAUCUUAACAUCUAUGUACCCACUGAGGAUGUCAAAAGAAUAUCCAAGGAAUGUGCCAGGAAACCGGGCAAGAAAAUAUGUAGACAAGGAGGUCCCCUUACAAAGAAACACACUGAUGAUUUAGGUGAUAGUGACCGCACGGACGACGAAGACAUUAGGGAGAGUGGAAGCCCUAAGCCGGUGAUGGUUUUCAUCCACGGGGGCUCCUACAUGGAAGGAACUGGAAAUAUGUUUGAUGGCAGCAUCCUGGCCAGCUAUGGGAAUGUGAUUGUCAUAACUGUUAACUACCGGCUGGGCGUCCUAGGGUUCCUGAGUACAGGUGACCAGGCAGCCAAAGGGAAUUAUGGUUUGUUGGACCAGAUCCAGGCUCUGCGUUGGACGAGUGAGAACAUUGCAGCCUUUGGCGGCGACCCGUUACGUAUUACUGUCUUUGGCUCAGGCGCUGGAGCUUCCUGUGUCAACCUGCUCACGCUGUCUCACUACUCUGAGGGCCUGUUCCAGAGGGCCAUCGCCCAGAGCGGCACGGCUCUGUCCAGCUGGGCCGUCAGUUUUCAGCCAGCAAAGUAUGCCCGGAUGCUGGCCCGUAAGGUGGGCUGUAACCUGGAGGACACUGUAGAACUCGUAGUGUGUCUGCAGAGAAAACAUUACAAAGAGCUGGUCGAUCAAGACAUUCAGCCGGCCCGUUACCACAUUGCCUUUGGACCUGUUAUUGAUGGAGAUGUUAUACCUGAUGACCCUCAAAUACUCAUGGAGCAAGGUGAGUUCCUCAACUAUGACAUUAUGUUGGGAGUGAACCAAGGUGAAGGCCUUAAGUUUGUGGAGCUUAUUGUGGACAACGAAAACGGCGUCCAGGCUAAUGACUUUGACUACGCCGUGUCCAGCUUUGUGGAUGACCUGUAUGGCUACCCAGAGGGUAAAGACAUCCUCCGAGAGACCAUCAAGUUCAUGUACACUGACUGGGCCGAUAGGCACAACCCAGAGACCCGCCGGAAGACACUGCUGGCGCUGUUCACCGAUCACCAGUGGGUGGCACCAGCUGUUGCCACAGCUGACCUGCACUCUAGCUUUGGGUCACCAACAUAUUUCUAUGCCUUCUACCAUCACUGUCAGACAGAACAGGUACCACCGUGGGCAGAUGCAGCACAUGGAGAUGAGAUCCCUUAUGUGUUUGGCUUACCGAUGAUUGGACCAACGGAGCUGUUUCCCUGCAACUUCUCUAAGAACGAUGUGAUGCUCAGUGCCGUCGUCAUGACCUACUGGACAAACUUUGCCAAAACAGGGGACCCAAACCAGCCAGUCCCUCAGGACACCAAGUUCAUUCACACCAAGCCCAAUCGCUUUGAAGAAGUGGCAUGGACUCGCUACAACCAGAAAGACCAGCUUUACCUGCACAUUGGCCUGAAGCCCCGGGUCAAAGAGCACUACCGUGCCAACAAGGUCAACUUGUGGUUGGAGCUGGUUCCUCAUCUGCACAGUCUCAAUGAGGUCACUCAGCUCAUCCCAACCACCACCAAGAUUCCUCCACCAGAAGCUACCAACCGCACCCCAAAACCCAAGGUUCUGGUGACCAAACGGCCCAACCCGACCCCGUUCCCCACCGAGACCCAGGACAGCCACAACCAGCCACACCUGGUGGACCAGCGUGACUACUCCACUGAGCUGUCAGUGACCAUCGCCGUUGGAGCCUCCCUGCUCUUCCUCAACAUUCUGGCCUUUGCUGCGCUUUACUACAAGAAGGACAAGCGUCGGCAUGAUGUCCACAGGCGCUGCAGCCCCCAGCGGAGUGCCGCCAAUGACAUAGCCCACACUCAGGAGGAGGAGAUCAUGUCCCUGCAGAUGAAGCAGCACUCGGACCUGGACCGGGACUGCAGGGGGGUGGGUGACUCCCUGCACCCGCACGAUGUGGUGCUGAGGACUGCCUGCCCGCCGGACUACACUCUGGCCAUGAGGCGCUCACCAGACGACAUCCCACUCAUGACGCCAAACACCAUAACCAUGAUCCCCAGCACCAUGGGGGGGCUCACCUCGCUCCACUCUUUCAACACCUUCCCCAGCAGUGGGCAGAAUAACACCCUGCCCCACCCACACUCACACUCCACCACCCGGGUAUAGCCCUGUGGAUGCACCCACACAGGCAGGACUCUGAUGGCUGAAGCAAAAAGCUAAUGCCACUGCUGCAGCAGGGACUUAAGGCUGACAUGCUGACAAACACAUAUGUCAGGAGCUGAAACGCCAGCCUGGAGUUGCCAGACACCCAUGGAAUUACACUGGGAUUCUACAACACCC